AAGAAGAUCAGUGACCAAGACCAAGCCCAGAAAAUCAUGUCCCACAUUAAGACAGCGAGGAGCCUCCGCAUCAUGUGCCACAUUACCAUCUUCUGCUGGAUCUCAGCCACUGUGCUUCAGCAAAUCCUGACACAGAGUGAUACAGAAAUCCCUAAAACUCUGACUGAAAUGUACUGCCACUUCCUGAUCACUCAGACCAGCAUAAAUAAUGAGAAGUAUGGGGAAAGCUAUGAUAGGGAUCCAGAGAAACUGCUGGAAUCCAACAGAACUGUGCUUCUGAAACUGGCUAAACUGGCUUUUAAACAGCUGAUGAUGUGGAACGUGAUGUUCUAUGAAGGGGACCUGAGAGAGAGAGCGGUAUUGAUCUCACAGAGGCCUCAGUGUAUUCUGGGAUCUGCACUGAGAUUUUUAGGGAGGAAUGUGUGCUUUAUCAGAGGAAGGUCUACAGCUUUGUUCAUCUGAGCUUUCAGGAGUUCCAGGCUGCUCUCUAUGUGUUUCACUGCUACUUGAUCAAGAACAAUAAGGCACUGGAAGUUUUUAAUCCUUGGUUCAUUAGGUGGACUGAAAAUGUUCCACUGGAUAAGCUCCUGUGUGUAGCAGUGGAUAAAGUCUUAAAGAGCCAGAAUGGACACCUGGAUCUGUUCCUCCGUUUCCUGCUGGGCAUCUCACUGGAGUCCGGUCAGAAGAUCCUACAGGGGCUCCUGAUCCACACAGAGAGCAGCUCAGAGAGCAUCAACAGAACAGUGCAGCACAUCAAAGAAUCAAUGGAAAAUGAAUAUCUUCCUAAUGACAGAUCUGUUAACCUGUCCCUCUGUCUGACUGAAGUAAAAGACCAGCAUUUAUCCAGAAAGAUUCAGGAGUUCCUAAAAUCAUAGAAACGCUCAGAAAAUAAACUGUAUAUAGCAGAGUGUUCAGCUCUGUGCUACAUGCUGCAGAUCUCAGAGGAGGUGCUGGAUGAGUUAGACCUGAAGAAACACUGCACAUCAGAGAACAUUUAAAUGAAACUGCUUCCAGCUGUGAACAACUGCAGAAAGGCUCUAUCGAUGUCCACCCCAUUCAACAGAAUGCACAGCAAAAGGAACCAAAAGUUCAGAGAGCAGAAGCCUGAGGACCUCGGACCGCCUUCGACAAAUCGCACCCUGCCAUAGGAAAUGAAUGGUGGCCUGUCGCGUUGUCGCUUUCCAGUGUGAAUGAAGGGGCACACGCACGCAGAAACAUACAGGACGUAUGUGGAGUGGGACAUCCCGUCAGACAACAGUAGAAUAAAGAGACUAGCUGACUGUAAUCUCACAGUGAAACACUGUGAAACUCAAUGCUCUGCUCUGAAAUCAGAAAACUCCUCCCUGAUAGAGCUGGACCUCAGUAACAAUGACCUGCAGGAUUCAGGAGUGGAGCUGCUCUCUGCUGGACUGAAGAGUUUACACUGUAAACUGCAGAAACCCAGGGUGGAAAAUAGAGGGAAAAUCAGAAUCAAACCAGGACUAAAGAAAUACGGCUGUGAUUUGACACUGGAUCCAAACACAGCACACCCUCGUCUCUCUCUGAGUGAGAAGAACAGGAUGGCGGUGAGGAGAGAGGAGCUGGAGUCAUAUCCUGAUCAUCCAGAGGGGUUUAAUGUGUAUCUGCAGGUUCUGAGUAGAGAGAGUUUUACUGGGCGCUGUUACUGGGAGGCUGAGUGGAGUGGGAGGGGAGGAGCUAAAUUAGUUCUGAGUUAUAAAACCAUCCGCAGGAAAGGAGUGAGUUUUGACCGUCAGUUUGGAUGGAAUAGAAACUCCAUGAGUCUGUUCUGCUCUGAUAAUGAAUACUCUGUUCAUCACAAUCUAAACAUCACUAAACUCCGCCCUCCUCCCUUCGGCUGUAGGAGAGUAGGAGUGUAUGUGGACUGUCCCUCCGGCAUUCUGUCCUUCUACAGCGUCUCCUCUGAUACACACACACACACACUCACACACAUUCUACACCACAUUCACUCAGCCCCUCUAUGCAGGAUUUGCUGUUUAUGAUGACUCCUCAGUGUCUGUGUGUGACAUAGAUUAACCUUUCCGGUGUGUGUGUGUGAGUGUGUGUGAGUGAAUGUUUGUGUAAGUGUAAGUAUGAGUAAGUAUGUGAUUGUGAGGGUGAGUGAAUGUGAUAGUGUGUAUGAGUGUAUGGGUGUGUGAGUGGUGAAGGGUGUGAUUGGAGAUAACCACACCUUCACACUCUUAUUCUUAAAUGUUUUAUACAUUUAUAUAUACAGUUAUUAUUUUUACUGUUCACAUUAUAAUUCACUUAAUAACCUUAUGAUCUCUGCUCUCUUUUUAACUGUCACUAUGACAAGGCUUUGGAGGUUGUUUUUACUUUUUCAGGAAUCAGGAAGGUCAGAGUGUUUUCAUCAACAAUGAGAGCUGUGAGGAGAACGUGACCCUGAGUGGCAGAGAAGCUUCACUGCUUUUCUGCUGUUCUGGGACCAGUGCAUAUGAACUAGGAGACAACAAGCUCUCUGAGUGAAGUGCUGGGAACCUCUCCUCAGAUAGCCAGCGCAUGCCUGUUCUACACGGCGUAAAGUCGCACACAGGCCAGAAGAUCUUUCCAUCCACUCUUUUCCUCCGUUUCAUCUUCUCACAGACUUUAGGACACUUAAGGACUGUCUGCUGUUUUCAUGAAGGACACAGCGCUGAACAACAUCAUGAUAAGAACAGACAGGCUGGAGCGGAUCACGUCAUUAAAACUGGACAACAUGCUGUUAACUGGACUUUGCUGACGUAAUCAUAUUGAUAAGUUCUGUUCAAUCACGUCAUUUGCAUAAAUGUAUAACUGCUUGGAUGAAGUCUGAGGAGUUCUCUCUGUCCCUCGACUGGCUUUAGUUUCUUUCUCUUUCUUUCUCUCUCUCUCUCUCUCUCUCUCUCUCUCUCUCUCUCUUUCUCUCUCUUUCUCUCUCUCUCUCUCUCUUUCUCUUUCUCUCUCUUUCUCUCUCUCUCUGGGUUGCGAAUGUGUUGAUCUAUCAAGAUUGUAUUCGUUGAUGUACUUUUACUCUUUUCUAAUAUAUAUCUAUUUUUUUUUGUUCCUUUUAUAUAUCUGUAAUGCUGAAACUAUUUUUCAAGUAAACUUUAAUAUAUUUUAAAUUCUAAGCUCUGACUCAUUGGUCAUCAUUUCAUGUUCUGAGAUUUCUCACAUCCGAAUUUUAUCUAAGUCAUGCUGUGGUAAAUUACCCUACAGCUUUUGGUGUUUCUGCUCGGUUGUGAUAAAAAAAAAUAAAAAAAAAGAAUGAUGCUGCUUUGGGCCUGUAAUUUAUGGACCUUCUAUACUGUCAUGACCAACUGCUGUGUAAGGUAGGUUACAUUUAAUUAAGUAAUAUCAAAAGGGCUGGCACUGGGAGUUAAGGUGACUUGCGAGAUGAUGCCCUGGUCCUGGAACAGUACCGGACCAGGGGGGGCUUUUUGGCCUGUUUGCCUUAUGGUUCGGGGGUCCUGGAACAGUACCGGUCCUAGAAACCGGCCAUAAAGGUGUUUGUGUGGCAGUUGGUGGUUUGGUCCUGGAACAGUACCGGUCCAAACGGAGCUUAGAGCUCGUACCUUAUAGUUCGGGGGUCCUGGAGCAGUACCUCGACCACAGAACCUGGCUAUAAGAGUAGUGUAUACCAAUAUUGUCGUAGUCGCGACGCUUUUUCGUCUUGCAUGAUCCUUAUCUCCCAAGUGUUCAAAGGUGGUGCACCACCACAGCAGAUUAGGAGAGGAUGAGAUCUUACCAUCAGAUGAGGUAGAGAAAUAUACCAAUAUUAUAUAUGGCGCCAAAUAUAGAUUAGAUUAGGUAGUGUGAGGCAGUGUGAGGUAGUGUGAGGCUAUGUAAGGGAAAGUAAAGUAAACACAGUUGCAGAAAAGGAUUCUUCACUUGGUCAUGGUAGUUGUGGUCUUUGUGUCUAUGGUCGUUUUAAUCCCAGUUCUAACGAUUAUUUGGUAAAAUUAAUGUAUAAAGAAGGUUUUCAGCAUUACAGAAGACCUAUGUGUGUCUAUAUGUGUCAUGUCUUUAUGGAGGCUGUGUGUGUGUGGGUUUAAUUCUGGAACUGAGGUACAUUGCAAUCAUUUUUAAAUCAGUUUUGGACCCGACACCAUUUAUUCUGUCCGGAAACCUGUGGGAGGUGGUGAGUUGUCUCAGUAAUUUCUAUAAAAUGUUUAAAAAAUGAUAUACAUCUUAAUAUUUUAUCAUCCUAUACAUCCUAAAGGUGGUGAUGGAAUUUUAAUUUUUGGCUAGAUUUAUUUUUGUAAUGAUGGCUAAACUUCUUUACACAAUUUUGAAACACAUAUUUUGAGAAAUUCAGCUCAGUUUAGCCAAAUUUGGACCACAUCACUAGAUUUCUUUUAGACCAAUCCAGCGAAUUUUUUAAAAUAUAUACAUGUAUUAAAAGAAAUUAAAAUAAGUUGGCAGCACUGAUUCUGGUUUCAGACUUGCCUAAGUCGAUAGCACAAAAUGGUUCAAACUCUGUUAAUGGUUUAACCCCUUAACAUGUCUUGUCCCAUAUAUGGGCUACAGGGGUUUGUACCACCUACAUGUUACUUGGAGAAGCUGGUUGUUUUCUCUCUACUUCACUAAAUAAUUCCAGAUCAGUAACAGUAAUCAACCCAAAUUUUUAUUCAGGAAAAUCUAAUUUUAUGAUUUUUUUUCAUUAUAUUUUGACAUCAUCAGAUUUACUUAAACAUUUUUUAUAUGUUCUAUUAAAAUUGCAAUUAUGCUUUUCAGUAAAGUCCCUCCUCAAACAUGAAAGCUUAUGUAAUUCUUAUAUAGAAAUCCUCAAGAUUUAGUGGUGUAAUGUCAAGAAUCCUGGCCUGUUAAAGAGUUAAACAGGUAACCAAUAGCAGAGUUGACUAUGAAUGAAACCUUGCUAUACCUUGAGAUGUUGUAAUGAACCUGCAGUUCUAGAAUGGAAAACGUCUGUGUGUGUGUGUGUUUAUGUAGUGCUGUUCAAAAGUUUGGAAUCGUUAGCAUAUAAACACAAUAUACAUAUAUUAAAGUAGGGCAGAAUAUUGAGCCAUGCUGGUACUGUUCAAUGUAACACGUUUCAUUAUCUUUAUGGAGAAUGCUGUAGAAUUCUGAGGAUGGCAGUUUAGACUGCUUCAUGUUUAAAUAGUAGUGAUGAGUUUUGUACAAAUGUCCACAUUGUGAAAGUCAUCCCUGAUUGAAACAGAAAAGAGAUGAGGAUUCCAGGGUUUUGAGACAGUGUGUGUGUGUGUGUUUCUGUGUGUGUUGAAUGAAGCAGUGAGAGAGAUAGACAAAACAUCUCUUCUCUGCUAUCUUCUAUCACAUUUGGUGUGUGUGUGUGUGUGUGUCUGUGCAUGUGUGAAAGUGUGUAUGUUUCUAACAUUUGUCUAACUCUGAUAUUCUAUAAGCGAAUCUAAUGAUGAAUAUAAUGUGUGUGUGGCUGUGUCAGAAUCGCUCCCUAUUCCAGAAAUAGUGCACUAUAUAGUGUGUAAACCAUUUUUGCAGUACUGUUUAAAACCCCAGCAGUACAUUCUAUUCCCUAUAUAGUUCACUAUGAAACAACCUAAUGCAUCACAAAAUUUAGAAAUUCCAAAAUAUACUAUAAUGCAAUGCAGUGCUGUUGUAUUAGACGUCCUCAGAGCAGGACAAACAUGGUUUAUUGUUUGGUUGUUCCAUAAUUCGUUCAGUAAAUAGAAAAUGCUACAUAGUGAAAGAGUUAAUGAGUGAGCCAUUCUGAACACAGCUUCUGUCUUCAUGUGGUUUAGGCCUUUUCUAUUCUUAUUCUUUUCUUAUUGAGACUGAUUUCAGCUGAGUCUCAGCUGAAUGAGAUUUAAAGAAUACACAUAUCUAAUUUCUCUUGUGGUUCUCGUGUAUCUCAGUCUAUGCUGACCUUUUGAUUCUCUUAGGGUGUACUCACACUAGGCAAUCCGAACCGUGCCCGGGCACGGUUACCUCCCAAAGCACGGUUCGUUUGGGUAGUGUGAUCGCUCCGAACCGUGCCCGGGCACGGUACGCUGAACCGUGCCCGGGCCCGCUUGGAGAGGUGGGCCCGAGCACGGUUCACUUGGACCCGGGCACGGUACAGAUGCAGUGUGAGCGCAAACCGUGCCCAGGCACGGAUCAAGAUGACGUCAGUGACACAUUUUAUUAUUACUUGAGUUUUAUGUUUCGCUCCUUUGGUCACUAUUUAUGUAUAUAGCAAGUACGUCUACCUUACUGAUGAACGUGAAUUGUAGUCCGCGAGUAAAGCUGCAAAUUUCUCCCUGGACGUCUGCUGCUUGUGUAAAAACCUUCUUACACGUGCAGCACGAUUAGCAGUAAAUCGUUGUGUUGCACAAUCAAUGAAUCUCUGGUUCAGUUGCGUAUUUGCACGCCCAAAACGACUCCAGAGAAACAAAAACAACAGUACAAUCCUGAACUCCAUUGUUUUGCGCGCGCAUACUGUUCUUCAAAACAAAAGUCACCUGUUGACGAAAGCGUGCUCGAGCACGGAUCGUUUAGCGCAGUGUGAGUGCAGGCCUGCGGGGGAGUGGGGAGGGGGCCGAACCGUGCUCCGGCACGAUUCAACCCAACCGGGCCUAGUGUGAGUACACCCUUAAUGAGGAUAGUAGAUUUAAGAAACCAGUAAGGAAAGAUCUUACUUUCUUUGGAAAGGUGUAAUUUGACAAACUUAGUAUUGGAUCUAUUACGAGCUGCAGUGAAUUGGGUCUCUCUUUCUGACUUUUAAACAAGGAGACAUCAGAUGUCUUUAAAAAAAAAAACAAA